AUGGACGUGUCCCAGCAAUCGCCGACUCAAGAUAAUGACGGUCGUGAUUACGAGAACUACUACGAGGGCCCUUCCUUCGUCGCGACAAGCCCGAUCUCCCAAGACCUUGCUACCGAGAACCAGACACCACGCGAUGACGACUCCGCCGUUGUCGACUUUGGCAACCUCAGCCACCUGAUGCAAACCGACACCCAAGCUGACGAAGAGCCAUCAUCCAUGCCCGACGACGCGGCCCCUAAACACAUUCGAGGAGAUUGGCGCAAUCGUACCUCGAGCUCCCAACAACAGUCCUCCGUCCAGCGCCCCGAUGUCCAGUCGCCGAUGCUGCCCGCCAACCCCCUGCCGCAGACUCCGGCGAAUCGUCAUAACCCGUUUGCCGGGAAAAAGUUGGGAGACCCUGCAUUGGCGGGAUCUCAACUAUUCGGCCAGACGCAGUUUUCGUCAGCUGUCAAGCAUUUCAGCCCUACCUCCUCGCGACCAUCUCCGAUCGUGUACGCUCAUAAUUCUAUCUCACCCAACAUCGUGGAGACCUCCCCACUCAAGAACCGGUACAACGUGACGUCACCUCCCGACCUGCUCUCUUCAAGCCCUCAAACUGUUAGAGUAGAUCAUCAGGUGCCCCACGGCCGGGCACGAAGCCCCAGCAAUUCUGGGCCGCCCGACGAUGGCACUGUGCCAGAGUCACCGCAGCUGGCCCCUGUCAAUCCAAAGGCCGGGCUCGAGCCGAUGGAGGUAUACGAGAGUAUGCUGGAUUCACAAAAGAGGAAGUCGAAGAGUACAGGAAUCAAAGGUGGUGCGUCUGGGGAUGAGUCGGACGAAGAAGCGCGAAAGAGAGAACGGCGCAGACGCGUGGAGUCUAAGAAGAAGGAAGCAGACAGAGAGCUCACCAGCAUACCCAUUCCCACUGGACGGCCAAAGUCGCGUGAAGCCGUCGAGGUCCCCUCGACCACCAAGAAACAUAGGGAUCCCCCGGCCAGGACGAUUCGAUAUCGAGCCCGGCGUAUACCAGACGAGUCGACUGCAUCGGAGGAUGAGGCUGACGAGUUCACCGUGGCCGACUCUCAAGACCAGGCGACAGCUCAGCCACCUCGUACCCGAGCCUCUCCUGACCUCGCCGACCAACCCAUCGGAUCAAAGCCAGGAUUCAUUUCUAGCAACGAUGCGGUGCCUGACAGUGCCGGCGCUACCCAGAAGUCCGUCUCUAAUGGUGCCAUACCGUGUACCGAAAGUUCUGGUAACAGCUCUCGUCCAAAAGACCUUAUACCAGAGACGAGCCCUAACAAUACUCAAUCAUGGGCCCCGCCGAAAGGCAGAGGAUCAUCGCAUGAGCCGUUGCUCGUUGAUAAUGUUGAUGCCAAGGAGGAGUCGCUCGCGCCAGCUGCCCAGUCCAAGGAAGCUGAUGCGGAUGUCGGAGCUAUGCCAGUAACUCCUCAACCAUCCCUCCCACAAGCAUCCCGUCGUUCCAGUCGCAAAUCCAAGCCGACCCUCAAAGCACAAUGUUUGAAGAAUUCGGCUCAUGCCACUGUGUCGUCAGAGCCUUGUGGAACCGACGGGACUGAGACGCCUGCUGAAGAUGUGCCGGCAACGAGCGACGUACCGGAUAAUACGGCCGCAGAGGAAGGGGACGCAGUUACGCGUGCUGAAACCGUUUUUCUUCAAAUCGAAGCUCGUGUCAUAGAUGAAGAACCGCCUCUGCCAUCUUCGCCGCCGCUGCCAAAGUCUGGCACUGAGAAUCCAGGACUUUCAGACCCGGCUCUUCGGAAGAAACCUGCAGCAGAGAAUCCUUCAACACCUGACGGUUGUAACCAGACCGCUGCACCAGAUGCUCCUGGGUCUGCAACAUCAACACUCAGUGUUCUUACGAUGACGCCCCUACAGUCGGACAAGACGUCUCCGGCGACCCAGGAAUCUGUGGAACUCCCGCGUCUUUCACCAGACAAGCCGACCCGAGGACGGCAGCCUACUGAAUCUUUGCCUAGACUUGUUACCGGUUCGCGGGUCGCAAAACCAGGCACACGGAAGCAAACUCGAAGAGCAGCUCGCCUUGACUCGGCAUCGACGGAUGAACUGACUCGCUCGCCCUCUGUUAAUGGGUUCGAAAAUAGUAUUAUCCAGCCGCCGAAGACGACAGCUCGUGGCAGCCGCCUAUCUAUGCUGUCUCAUGUCUCCAAAGAAAACAUUGGCAGACCCAGUAUAUUUGCCGGCAUGGCCUUUGCCAUUUCUUUCCAAUCCAAGAGGGGCGGCGAGAAGACCGACCACUACGAGAACCGCCUUGGCCAGACUCGUGACAUUGAGAAAAUGAUCACCCAAUCCGGCGGCCAUCUGCUGGGCAGCGGCUUUGAUGAACUCUUCGAACCCAACACCCUCGGAAGCACAGCAACGAGUCCGGUCUCCGAGGACAGGGAUGACAACCCGCUGACCCUGACUCCUUUCGCUCAAACAAUGGGAUUUACCGCCUUGAUCGCUGACGGACAUUCCCGCAAAGUCAAGUAUAUGCAAGCCCUCGCCCUUGGUUUGCCAUGCAUAUCCGAUCGAUGGGUUGUCACGUGCGUGGCGAAGGGAGCGGUGGUCGACUGGCUUCCUUACUUGCUUUGUGCAGGCCAGUCAACCUUUCUUCGCGAUGCAAUCCGUUCUCGAUACCUAGCGCCCUACUCAGCAACCGAGGCGCGGCUUGUCGAUAUUAUCGAGAGGCGAACGAAAAUGCUUGAAGGAAGCAAGAUCCUCCUCGUGAUGAAAAAGUCCAGGGCUGAGGAUAAGAAGAUGCCCUACGUUUUUCUGGCACACGUCCUGGGUGCAACUCUCUCCCGCGCCUACAAUAUGGAUGAAGCUAAGGAGACUUUGAGACAACGGGAGCUGCUUAAAGACCCCUUUGACUGGGUCUAUGUUGAUGAGCAUACCGGAUCAGAAGAGGAACUGUUCAGUUCUCAUCCUGUAUCAUCGAAGGCGCCAAAAACAUCGAAGAAGAGGAAGAGAGCCAGCUUACCUGCGGCGGACGAGGAAGCUCAGCCACCGAAGCGGAUUAGGACUCUCAGCAACGAGCUGGUCAUUCAGAGCUUGAUUCUUGGUAGGAUGAUUGAGGAGGGUGAGUUGGAAGUAUAA